AUGAAUUGUAAUUAGGAACCCUAAUCAAUCAAAGUUGUUGUAGUUGGAGAUAGUAGUGUUGGGAAGACAUCAAUUCUAUUGACGUAAUUUAAUUGUGAAAACAUAGGUACACAUAGGAUAAAUUUCCUAUUGAUUAUGUGCCUACUGUGUUUGAAAAUUACUCAAAUGUUAUUAGCGUUGAUAAUAUUCAAGUAUAAUUGACUUUGUGGUAUAUAAAUGCAAUAAGUGUCAAGGGAUACAGCGGGUUAAGAGUCUUAUGAAAGAUUGCGUUUAUUGAGCUAUUAGUCUGCUAAUGCAUUUCUGAUUGUGUUUUCUGUAGACAAUAUGGAUAGUUUCAAUAAUGUUUGGACUAAAUGGAAACCAGAAUUGGAAAUGGCUGGCAAAAAAGAUCUGCCUAAAAUAAUAGUGGGCAAUAAAUCAGAUAAACUGAAUGAUCCUGAUAAAUUCUAAAUGUUUUGGGAAAGAUGUGAAGAAGAGGGAUUAAAAUAUAGAUAGUGCAGUGCAUUCUUGAAUAAUAAUAUCAAAAAUAUAUUUGAGGAAUUGGUUAGUAUGACUAUCAGUGAACGAUAACCGUCGACUAUUUUACGAUCUACAAUAAGAAAAGAUAGUAUAAAACAAUUGAAAUCAGGAUGUCAAUUACUAUGA